CCAAAAAGCAACACCUGACUGGAAGCGCCCUGAGGUCCAGGCUAAGCCUGGUAUGCGUGGUGGUGAAGUUUGCCGUGCGGGGUUGUUGCGGGGUGUCCAUGCUGGAGCUGUUGUCGGAUGCUAGCGCGAUCUGCCCCUGCUAGCGGGAUGAUGUGCGCUUGCCCGGCUCGUUUUAGUGCAGUGUCGGCAGCGUCUGCGAGUGCGGUGAACAAUGUUCAUUAAGAAACAGCACGUCGACGUCAGGAAGUCGGCGCAAAAGGUGCUCGAACCCAAGCGAGACUCCCUCAGUCGACUCAAACACCUUCGGGUCUACCUAGACAAUGUGGAAACUGCAGAGGCGAAGACGUUCUUUGAGAUCAACUACAGCCACAUUUACUGCAUCUUUCACGAUGUCUUUACCUCAUUGGAGGGGAUGCUUAGACAGAGAGUGCACAAGACCCAAAAGGAAGAGCUGGACAAUGUGAAAUACAUAUUUGAGAGAAUUCUGGUGCUGCUUCCUGAACUGCUGGCUCAGCGAUGGCAGUGGCACAGUGUCCGCAUCAUCCUCCGAAAAUUCCUGCACCCAGGAAACUCUUUGAGGCUGCGCAGGGAAGGCGUGCGUUUCUUCCUGCUAUGGUACCAGAUCCUGGGUGAGGGUGCCCCUGCCGACGUCCACGCCAUGUUUCUGCACCUUGUGCCUGGGCUGCUUCCGGGCUCCCCACCACCAGUGCCUGCUGGCUCGAGCAGGUUUCCAGAGCCAUAUCAGGACUCCACAUUCUACACGUCGGUGGAAGUCGAUUCUGGCCCUAUUGUUCCUUGCGAUUCUGGGCCCCUGAUGCCUCCGCAGAGCGGUGAAGUCCAGCCAGAGAACCCGACUGUAACAUUUCUGGAGUACCUCAUGGAAUAUAUGGUCACGCAGGUAACAAAAAUCCAGUGGUCGGAGGCCCAGGAUGAGAGCCAUCAUCGGUGCUUUGAGUUUCUUUUUGAAAAGUUCAAGAAGCACUUCUUGCCACACAUCUUCCCCGACUUCUGCUACAGCAACAGCAUCUACAAGCCAAACCUGGUGUCUGAAGGUUAUCACUGGGUGUGCACUUCUCUAGAGCUGCCUUCGCUCCGCAAGGACAAGAAGCUUGCUGCUGCCGAUGCCAAUGCUGCUGCAGUUGCACCACAGUGCCGCAGCGUUGUGGUGCAGUGGGUGGUCAGCCACACACAACCGGCAAAGCUACGGAAGGAGGAGGUUGCUGCAGGCAGCAGGUCAAGUGACCUGCACCAAGCAAGAAAGCAAGACCAUAAUGAGCCUGGUUUGGAGAAGACAUCUGCACCAUCUGGUAGUUCUGGCAGCACGCCACAGAGCACCCACGAAAGCCACUCGGUCUCUUCUGGGUCAUCCUCAGCACCAUCACUGACGAUUGGCAGUCUCACAGAGCGAGACUCUGAAAGUCAACUUCAGCAGACACAGCAGUCGCCACCAGAAAGUGGCCACCGAAGUCUGCGGCAGAUUCAGGUGGUCCGGAAUGUGCUUUACUCAAAGCGUGAAAACGUGAACCUGGUCCACGAGGUCAUGCGGCAAGCUUUCCUGGCUCCUUUUUCACAGGCACACACCACUAAAAGUGUCAUCUGCACCUACAGGGACUGGAUACAGAUGGCGUCCCCGGACAUGCCACCUUUUCUGGUCGACCCUGAAGGGAAAGACAGCAAGGAGGAAAGUCGCAGCGAAGUAUCAGAGAUGAGCCUGAGUGCAAGUGGAACAACUGCUGCAAAGAAGGAGAGUGUCUUUGCUGGAGUUCAGAACAUGUACCAAGUGUUCAUCACCAAUGCUGCAAAUGUUUUCCUUCUCGAAGUUGGGCCUGACGAGAAGACAUUUCUUGAUGAACAGGUUGAACUGUGCAAGCGAGUCAUGAACAUAUAUCGAUACAUGGUUAUGAAAAGGCACAUGGAGAAGGCAACAUGGGAGCAGCUGUUGGUGGUUCUUCUGCGCGUCACCUCGCUUGUGCUCAAGACGACUCCGCCGGCACGCAAGGAAGAUGUCUUGGGAGGCAGGCUGGCCCCUGCGCUCUUCCAGACCCUGAUUGUCACGUGGAUCAAAGCGAACCUCCAUGCCACCAUCUCUCUGGAUCUCUGGGAUGGUUUUCUCGGGGUAUUGUCUUCACUAACACAGUGGGAGGAGUUGAUCCACGAAUGGGCGAAAACGAUGGAGACGCUCACCAGGAUUCUGGCACAGCACGUGUACCGGCUGAACCUCUCGGACCUGCCGCUGCAGAGGGAGCAGCAGAACAAGAGGCGGCGAGGACUCAAGCACAAUGCGGGCAACGCGCAGGGAGGCGGCACCACUGCAAGGACGAGAAAUGACGUAGGCAAAGGGGACGAUGUGACAAUGGGCGGUGGGACCACGAAUGAAGCGACGUCGGCAAUGAGCAGCACAAAUGGCUCUGUAGCUGGAGGCACGGCCAUACCGUUGCUGCGCACUUCACCGACCCUGGCAGAAACGCGGGAUGGGAACCGCGAAACGGGCGUGCCGCUGUCACCUCGACUGCGCACUGCGAGCAUGGGUAGACAAAUCAGCAGAAUAGAAGAUGAUGACAGGAAUUCUGACCGAGCUCGAUACAACAGCGGUGAUAGUUCCUUACCAAGCCACCAUGGUGAUAGGGCUUCAGAGAAGCCACCACCUGUUGUACGGUGUUACUCUGAUGGCCACCUUCUUCUGCACAAAGUUGAACGACUGCGGCGCAUGAGAAGAGCACAUGCUGCUCCUGCUCAGGACAGGUUUGACAUUACAUCAGUGUCUUCCGACACAAACAUUCAGUCGGAUGGCCGGCUGUGCCCACUCGGCCGGAGCAAGUCUGUGGAUUACUUGUCCCUAAGAGUUGAAUCACCGUGCAUGUCCCAUACGUCAGAGUACCGAAGUCGUUCACCAUCGCCCACGCCAUCUAGUGGCUUGGAGAGCACUAGCAUCAAGGACUCGCCCAUCCAGAUUGAGGUCAUCGUCACUAGCAGCGAGAACACCUGCAACUCAGCUGAUGUAGGUCCGGGCACAGACCGACGCAGUGUUCUGGCCGGCGGCAGUGUGAAGGGCUGGUUACCCGAGGUGGCUGUUGUCUUGUGGCGGCGGAUGCUGGGAGCCUUGGGCAAUGUGAACGCGAUUCGCGACCCGGUCAUCCACGCCCAGGUCAUGGAGCACCUCAUCGACCUUUCAGAAACGCUCAUUAAGAUGCGUGACAAUCUUGGCAUCACGGAAGACAACAUGACCACUCCUCCUCCUCCAACGCUCAUUCCUCCGCUUCUGCUGAUUGCACCAUGGCUCUUUGAGGCGACGGGUCUUCCCGAGGGCUUUGAGAAGGGAAAGCUGCUGGCGUUGCGGCUUCUGUGUUGGCUGACAGUGAGGCGCCACGACAUUCCCCUCUCCUUCGACUACCUCGCUCGCUUCUACCGGGUGCUCCACGCAGGAUUGCUAGGAGAAGACCAGAAGGUUAUCAACGCUAUUGUCAAGUACUGCGGGACCAAGUUUUUCGCAAGCAGGCUUCCUGGUCACACUGUGCUUCUGCUCAACUUUAUUCAUGGUGCCAGCACCGUCGUCAAUUCCAGUGCUAUCAAAGGGAUGCCACGUGUUGAAGCAGUGACGCUAUUGGGCAGCCUGGUGUGCUUCCCGAACGUCUACACCGAGCUGCAAGCGCUGCAGUGUACGCCAUCGGAGCCUCCACAGCAGGCAGCAGCUGCAAGCAUAAAGGAAGUCAUUGUAGACUUGCUGCUGAAAGCAGGAAAGACAGACCCAGACGGAGUGGCAAGGUGCACAGCUUUAUGUGCCCUGGGGAUCUUUGCCUACGAGGAACUUGCCCACCAAACGGGCCAUCCCAAAGCUCGGGAAGCCAUCGGAGUCCUCCUUUUGUCAAUAAGGCAUCACAACCACAUAAUUGCGCAAGUUGCGGGCGACAUGCUGCGAUUGUUAUGUGACCACGCUGCCUACCUCACGGGACAGAUGGACCAGGUUGCUGGCAUUGUUGUUGAAGUUGUAGCAUCUACAAUCCACAACCUUCUCCCCAGUGAUGAUUCUGAUGUCAAGGAGGAGAACAAAAAGCUGGUGCUGUCACUUCUUUUCUGCUUGGCUGACUGGUGCAUGAACAUUCCGCUACCCGCCCUGACGACACCACAGGCUGACGGCUGCUCUCCACUUCUGUCCACUUUAAACGUGUUGGACCACAUCCUGACUGGCAAGAGCCCCUUGCUGCGGCCGGAUGUCUUGUCCCUACUGCAAGCACUCUGCCCAAGCAUUGUCCUUGCAGACAUUGAAGCACAGCCAGGUGAAGGCCAAGCCAAGGCCCCUCACUCCAGCUCCUUGGCGCACCUGUCCGGGGGUGGAAAGAUCGCCCGUUCCAUAGCAAGUUUUGUGCCGCCAGCUGUGCUUCAGAAUGAUCUUCGAAAGAGUGGCAACGUGAAGCUUGCUGCCAGAAUGGUUUUGAGUCACCUGCUUCAUCAGCUUGGUCAUUUCCCCAUGGGACUGGGUGCGGCGCAGCUUACCAGUCUGGUGGCAGAGCAAGAUGAUGUGCCUGCACUCCGCGACAGUGAGCUGUCCAAGGAAGUCUUCUCAGCACCCAACAUCCAGCUCUUUGUCCUCAACAACAUGGCCAUACUGUCGCUUGUUGAGAUUCCUGCUGAGGAAACUUCGGGAGGUGCUGCAAGCGUAGGCCUAACAACGGGCAAGUCCCAAGUGCGAGCUAUCGUGCGUGACCUGAGCGGCAAAUUUUCUUGGGACUGUCUGACACUGUACGGGCCUCAUGGCUGCCGUGCAGGCUCCUAUCCACCUGGCCCUGUUCCUGACCCAUGCCUUCACUACACCACCCACCGUGGCCGAAACCUGGACGUUCAGGAGCAGCACCGCUGCCAUGCCGAUGCUGCCACCUGUGAUUCGGGGCGUAGGAGUCCCCUUCAUCGGCCACCUGGUCAGCUACCACUGCUGGAAAAUACACAAGACAACUAUGACAACCUGGAUGAUCUGCUGCAGUACAUUGGGCACACGAGCCCCGAGUGUGUGCAGUUGCCCUGCCAGCGGCUCAACUCGGCACCCAAGGCCACUGAUGAAUUGGCAGGCAUCCGUGAGGCCGAGACCGUCCACCUACUGCUCAACCAGCAUGCCCAGGAAGUCCAGCACACUGCGCAGGCUGCCUACAGCUCAGAGAUGCUGGCAAAGGCUGCUACCCCGCCCAGUCCAACCGAGCCACUGUCGCCGUUCCAGUACUCACGGCUGCUUCUGGAAAACUUCAACUUCUUCGCAUGGGAAAAGAGGCCAAAAUUUGACCUUGUCAAGAAGAACGAGAAGCUGCUGCGAGAACUGCGGAACCUCGACAACCAAAUCUGCCGUGAAACGCACAAAAUAGCUGUGAUCUAUGUGGCAGAGGGCCAGGAGGAUAAGAACUCUAUAUUUAUGAACAAUACUGGGAGCCGUGCCUUUGAAGAGUUUGUUGCAGGUCUGGGUUGGGAGGUCGAUCUGGAGGUGCACACAGGCUACAAUGGUGGCCUUGAGACCAACAAGAGCACAGGUAGCACUGCACCGUAUUAUGCCACCUCAUUCAUGGAAGUUCUCUUCCAUGUGUCCACGCGAAUUCCUGCCAUUGAGAAGGACUCCAUUACAAAAAAGCUGCGCCACCUGGGCAAUGAUGAAGUGCACAUUGUGUGGUCUGAACACACGCGAGAUUAUCGGCGUGGCAUCAUCCCGACGGAGUUUUGCGACGUGCUCAUUGUAAUCUACCCACUGGGGAACUGGCUCUACCGCGUCCAGAUAAACCCCAAGCCGGAGGUGCCGUUCUUCGGCCCCUUGUUUGAUGGCGCCAUUGUGGACCACCUGGUUCUGCCGAGGCUGAUUCGGGCAACAGCCAUCAAUGCUGGGAGGGCUGUCAAUUCGCUCAAACCCAUGUUCCGCACAUACUAUGAGCAGCGAGCGCAGGCACUGGAGACAAUCGUACAGAACUACAAAGAACUGACAACAUUUGAAGAUUUUGCCUCCAAGGUUAUGGCCCCAGCACCUGCCAAAAGCCCCCUUGUGCUCCGUCGAUCGGCUGGCCCGUCUGGAUCAGAGGGAGGCUCGCCUCAGCUGGGGUCGACGCUGGCUGCUGCGCUGCUGGACAGCGACAGUGGCUCACCGUCAAUGCAGCACCACCACCCUCGUCCGCGGCCAGCCACUGUGUCCAGUUCGGCCGGCGAGCAGGGUUCCUUUUCCUUCAGAGAGCACCACGCCAUUCCAGCUUCACAGAGCCACGGUUCAUCACCUGUGCCCAACUGAUGCGGGUCCCAGCCAUUGUUUUGCUUUGUUUUCUGCCAGCCUUUCAAUUAUUUUGGCUUCUCUCGACCAGCUCUUUUCUGUUACUGUUAUUAUUAUUGCUAUUAUAUGUUCUAUAUAUAUAUAAUAUAUGCAUAUAUAUAUACAUAUGACGCAAGUGACCUGCUGUUCUGAUGUGCACCUCUGGAUUUGCUAUAGGACACAACGCUUGUGCCGUUGGCAGCCAUGUGCUUUUGUUACUAUCUCAUGAGGAAUGCGUGCUGCACCUUGACAGUUGUGAAAGGGAAGCAGGUUGUGUUAAAACUCUAUUCGCAAUUGUGGCAGAAGGCAUGAAAGAGCCAAUGGUGAAUGGGCUUUCCAUAGCUUGUGUAAUGAUUUCAUUAGCCUUUCAGCACACGGUAAUGCUCUCGCUGUGUCAAGAAAAUGCAUUGCUCAUGUAUUCAACCUGGCCGUUCGGGCUCUCUGCUACCAGAAGUACUCUAUAGCUUUUUUUUUUAAUGGCCUUUGUUUAGUUCAUUUUUCAUUUCACUGUAGAGAUGAGGUUAUGGCAACAUCGCACCCCUGUUUGGCAGUCUUAAACAAGUGUACUAGUGUACUUGAAGUUGUGCAGCCAUAGCUAGUGGUGUGGGUCAGGCACAGGAAGUACUACAAGGUGUUACAGAGCACCAAAACUUUUCAGUAAUCGUACCACUUGCUGCGUCAGGAAUGUCAAGAUGCUAGCGUAGCGCACCUGUACUGUGCUCCACUCUGCAGUGGCUGGUUGGUACAAGGCAAAGGCAGUAAAAGUUUCAAAUGUCUUCCAUAGUCAAAGUGCUAACUUAAAUUUUUGUGCUUUAAAUAUGCAUUGUGAAGCAGAAGUCACCUGAUUGCACAGUUCUUCAGUUCUUAAAAUGUGUGCCUGUGACCUUAAAUAUUCUUUCAAGUCUGUGCCAGGUUGUAAAGUGCACCUGCUUAAGUGCAUCUGUUUCAUGCAAAGAUUUGUCCGUCAGUGCUAUUGCAAACAGUCUGAAGCCUCUGUGAGCUAAUGAGUACCAGGUACGUAUAGGAAAAAGAAAAAAUAACAUUUUCUUUUACUACAUAGGGUUAUUCUUUCUAGGUGAAAGCUUUGUGAAAGUGCUUGUUAAUGAGUUACUUUAUAGUACGUAGAACCUUGUUCAUACAUUAUGGGGGGUGGGGGGAGGUGCGGAAACGCUAGAAUAAAACAUGCUAAGCGGGAAAACUUAUGAUCCGAAGUCGAAAAAAUAUUCGGCAAGCUAAACUUUAGUUGACAUUUACAUAAGGCGAAGUGCUGCGCAAUAUGUUGCAGCACGAGACGCCCGCACGGCCCAAUCUGGUGGGGCCUGAGCGACCCAUGACGCAUGUUGUUGUUUUCGCAUAUUUGGCAAGCUUACGUUUGUGCUCCUCAAAUUCAGUCUGGAUCAGCAAUUUCUUCAGGGAAAGCAUUUUGGUGGGAAGUUUUGACAUGCCCACUCCGCGAGAAUCAAAUCACUGAGUCAUAGAACAAGCGACAAUUGCUCUAGCCUUCAGGAGUAAUAGGUGGGCUUGCAUUUACAAUGAUUCAAAAGCCGCUACAAAGGGUUUUGAUAAAGGCUACGUAGCUGGAGUUGCAGCUAAACUUUUGGAAAACAUUAGGAUUAUGAGAACUGAAAUCUGAUGGUUUCCUGCGCAUAUGGAGAAAGCGGACGAGGUUGGGUAAACCUCAGUGAGGUUGCUCAUGACUUGACACGAGGACUUGCUAACCGUGACAGUCACAACUGAGCCGUUCACCAUCAAGCCAGGGAAUAUAGAGAUUAUUUAAUAACUUACAAUGACAUUACCAAACAUUACUAUCUAGGACGCAGGCAAUUCCCACUGCCACAUUCAAAACUGAACAGGGCUGUCAGUCUCACUGCGCUUAUUGCAUCCCACGCCAUACCACACUAAUAAAAUAUAUCCAGAGAGGGAGAGUAAGAUGGACUGCAACGAUUGUAAUGGCAUCAUUGGAAUCAGACACAGGCUGACGGAGUGUACCGCGACUCUCCCCAACCUCGUUGAAGAAUGGACACAGUGAGAAAAAAGGAUUCAAAGCCCAUUGUUUCAAGACCAACUAAGGGCCGUCCAGAGGGCUCAUGAUGUCACUGAAGGGCUUGGCCUGACAGUGCCAACGUGGGAGCGGCCCGCCUUGGCUAGUAAAAGUUUUCAUACAUACACACACGAAACACUGAUGCAUGUCAAGCUCGCGGGGCACGGCUGACCCAAGAUGCACAUUGUUGUUUUAAAAGAGCAAUGAAAAACUGAAACAAAAUCGAGCUGGUAGGCAACACUGUAAUACAAUGGCAUGAUGCCACCAAAGCAAAGCAGGACCCUCACUUCAUGUUGCCUGCAGCAGAGAACAAGGCACAUUUGGAUUAAUGCCUAUUAAAAGUGUGCAGUUCACUUCCUACACCGCAAUCAACGUAAAGUGCAUAGGUGAAGAUGCUUAUUUCAAUGGAUUGCCAGCAGUAGCUGUGAAUGACAACGUGCGAUGAUCCAUGGAGGCAUUUGCUGGUAUCAGAAUAGGAAACUGAGUGCAUGGCGGCAUUUUUAUAUGACACAGGCGGGCGAGUACUGCAGGAAAGCUGCCAUUGAUGGCACCUACCACUUGAUCGCACGUGUGCCUUGCACCUUUUGUUGUUUGCAUGGGAUCUAGCGGCCGUAAAAUGUAUCACACGAUAGCAGUUUAGCGAUAUACUAAAUGUUGGUGCCGAACGAUCAUGUUUUCUGGGAACGUAUUAACCAUCAAAACAAAGCGCAACCGUGUUGAGCCAUUUGUUGCAUUUUCGAUCGCGAACGUUGGUGUCGGGAAAUUGUACGAAACGAAGUCGUAUCCUCGAGGUUCUACUGCAGUUUAUUAAGCGCAGUGAUGUACUGAGCAUGAAGCAACUGUACAAUGAAGGUGGCCAAUGUCGCUAGCUUUUGUGUUCCUCUAAUUUUGCAACAAACGUGCUCUUUGCAUUUUUUUUUUUCGUUUUUCCAGAAGUGCUGUUGAGGGUGUAUUUGUGCACUAUUGCUGCCUUGACAAAAGCAUUAGUGUGUAAGCGGGGACGCAAUGAAAUUUGUAUUGAAUUCACUUUUAUUGUUGUAGACUUUGCCCCCUAAAUAUUCUUCUUGCACUUGACCAUAUGCAAUCAUGUUUGCAGUUCUGAAUGAACAUAGGAGAGAAAAAAAAACUGGUACCUUUAGUUUUCAGAUCAGUAUUAAACAGGAAGUGUCAGCCAGAAGUUACUUAUUACAUUAUUGUUCUUCACUUUGGCUUAGCUGCAAAGUGACCUAGUUGAGUCAUUUGGGUAAAAAGUUACAGUGAACACUUCCCUUAUCAAAACAGUGCUGCACUUAUUUGUGCAUUUGCUCAUGAAUUUCAGUUUUGUUACGUUACUUUGAUUCAGUGUGUCAUACUGUGUGGCUAAGAUUUGAGGUGGUGGUUCUGCAGAUGGUGUCCUAGGAAGCAUGGUGUAGCAUUCACAUUUUGAUGGGCAGCAUUCUGACACGUUUUGCAUUUUAGUAGUGCUGUGUAAAUAGGCUUACAUAUUGAUAGGUGUUUGUGCACAUGGUUUCACAUGGCAUGUAAGCACGACUCUUACUCUAGAUGAAACAGGGGCCAAGCUUGCACACUGACACAACAAAUGUACACACUUUGCUCACACACAACAGCACCUUAGAACACUUGCCAGCAGCGUCUUGCCACCUAUUUUUCAUCAAGGGUACAGGAUGACAAACUGUAUGCUGUUAAAGCUUGUGUCACUGUUUGAAUGAAACUAUGAUUGCAUUGCACAGACGUUGGAAAUUGUAUGCAAGUAUUUCCUAUCGUGCCCUCAAUCACUGUACUUAACUAAUGUCAUGUGACAACUCACUCAAGACGAAUGUGUCUUCGAUAGUCGGAGGUUGGCACAGUUCCUUGUACAUAAUGUAAAUGCACAUUUUACAAUCACUGUAAUGUUUCCCAGAUUCUCUGUCUUGCACACAGAGUGGCUGAGCUGUGACAUGAGCACAUUAAACGUCGUCCUCAAUCUUGCGUUCCUAUGUCUGGCUGAGUUUCAAGAAGCCCGUUGCUUCAGAACAAGGAAUCCUGUGUAGAUCGAAGUCGAAAGAGGCGUUUUUUGUUUUGUUUCCGUCUUGCCAUUGCAGUCCGUUUGCCAUCGUCUCCACUGUUGAGGCAUAGCAUACAAUGUAACAAGGUGCUGUUUCAGUUACAAAUGUACAUAACUCCCUGUGGUUUUCAACAGUGCGAACGUCGAGAUGAAGUGACUUUUACCGAGUGUUAUGACUUGUGUGGGCCAAGGUAUUGUGUUGAGCGGAAGUAACUAUGGGAAUCUCUUGCACAAUAUUUGGGUGUUCAUUUUAUCUACUGUGGCCUUUUGAGGGUAAGAAUGAAAAGCCAUUGAAUGCAAUUUGCAACUGAUACAGGCAACUCUUUGAAGCUCUCUACCCGUGCUGUAUGCAAAGAAAUAUGUAUGUUGCUUGCACUGUUCAAAGCUAAAGUUUGCAGCCAUUUUCAUUCCUUUGGUGCCCACGUGUAGAAUUUAUUCUCAUGCCUAGAAUACAGGGCUGGUAGUCCUGCAUUGUAAAUGUGAGAAAAUGGUUCCAAAUUCAACAGCAAAGAUCAAACAGUUUCUAUAGGUUCAGGAGCAGAAUAGCCUAAGCCCUGUUGGCAAGCACAGUGCACAACCCGCACAGUGUUUUAUCGGCAUUCCACCCAUUGAUAUUGUGAUUGCAACAGCUUAUUUUGAUAGCCUGGGAAGCUGAUCACACUAUACCAUUUUGCUUGUAGCUCAAGAUUUGUAGAACUUUAUUGUGUGUUACUUUUUGAAGUUCAAACUUUGCACCACCUUAGAGAAGUAGCAACUGUGCCAUUGAACGAAGAUGAAUUUUUUUCUAGCCCUUUGGCUGUGAGAAAGAAAUUGGGAAUGUAUUUCUUAGUGUUUAAGAAUGGAGGUAGAAAGAUAGAUGGACAGCAUAUGCAUAAAAUCAAGAUUGUAUAUAAAAUACGUGCAUGAAUGGCUUGCCCACUUUGUCUCUGCCAUUUCACGAGGCUUGUUUUAUAACUUAUCGGGGUGGCUUGCACUACAGUGUUAAUAUGUUGUUGAUUAAAGUGAAAAAUAAAAGGAAAUUAACAAGUGCUUUCAAAGCAAGCCACAUUUGUCUUGUAUGUGUGGUUCGGUGUGCAAUAAAAAAAGCAAAUGAG